AUGUCUUCCACCCUCUCGUUCCUCGACCAGUUCAACGCCCCCUCGACCGAAGGCGGGAAAAGGCUCUCAAUCUACACCCCUAAGCACACCCACGUCGGCGACAGCACCUUGCUAACGCUCCUUCUCAGUAACCCCACCGACGUUUUCAACAAGCUCAAAGCCCACAACCCCGAGGCAACCAAUGCCACCGACCGCGCUGCACUAGAGGCGUAUCUCUCCGCCCGCCGCGAAUACGACGAGGCUGUCAAGGCAGCCGACGAGGCCAUCGACCACCACAAGCGGCUCCUACGCCAACAGGACGACCGCGUCCUCACCAAGCUCAUCCGGCUCGACAAUCUGAAAGUUGCCCAUCGCUUUCAACCGCUCUUACCACGUAGCAUCCGGGCACGACACAACAAAUUCAUCCCGCGUGCCAUCCCCAACGCGUACUUACCCCUACCCGCACCCCUACCGACGUCUGCCUUCAGGCGCCCCCCGAUCCCAUCCCCUUUCCUCCAAGCAACGCCGUGGAGCACUACCAUCCCGGCUGACUGGCAACCCAACCCUGGUUGGACCCCGAAGGGAAGCUGCAGGCGAUGCGGAUCGUCUCGACACUGGGUACGGGACUGUCCGGACGUACGAUGCGCAGGAUGCGGAAAAGAAGCCCCUGGACACCUGGAGCGAGAGUGCGGAACCAGGCCGAUGAAGCGACACGUAUCCGCACCACCUGAAGAACCUGCGCGACGUGUGGGGGUGGUCGUCGACAAUGUGUUCCUCGAAGGAAUCAUCAACGAGGCGAAGGAGAGGAAGGAGAAAGAAAGGCAGACGAAAGCGAUACCCAUCCCUCCACCACUCGACCCCGACUGGACACCCGACACCACUCAAUGGACGUGGGACAGCUCCUGGCCGCAUCAGAAGCACCUCUCUGGUGAGGAAUGGAAGAAUGUAGGGAGGAACGCGCGCAAGGAGUGGUUCGACGAAGAGGAGGACGACAGCGUAGAUUGGGAGUUGUAUGGAGAUGGUGAGCACUUACAUAAUGAGGUCCGUGCGCACUUCGUGCCUGGUAUCGUACCACUACGUUUCUUUCUUCACUAA